AUGGGGCCCCUUCCCCUUGUGUUGCUGCUGCUGCUGCCACUGCUUGGGGGCCGCUGCACGGCAGUGCCAGGCACUCUGGACCUGCAGGUCGAUGAGGAGAUGCCUGCAGGCACCAUCAUUGGGGACAUCAGUGCAGGCCUGCCCACGGGCACCACCAGCUAUAUGUACUUCAUCUCUGCCCAGGAGGGCAGUGGCGUUGCCACAGAUCUUGAGAUUGAUGAGAACUCUGGCAUCAUCAAGACAGCAGGGGUGCUGGACCAUGAAAGCCGCGACCACUACAGUUUCAUUGCUGUCACCCCAGAUGGAGCCACAGUGGAAGUCAACAUCCAGGUCAAUGAUAUCAAUGACCACGCCCCCACCUUUCCUAAGCAGCAGGCUGCCCUCCUCAUCCCAGAGCGCACACACACCGGCAGCCGCUUCCCUCUGGAUCCUGCCUUUGACGCAGACAGCGAUCUGCUUGGUACCCAGGGCUACGCAAUCAAGGCGGGAAACGUGGGCCAGGCUUUCCAGCUGGAGACGCGCCGCGGACCCAAUGGGGUCUUGCACCCGGAGCUGGUAGUGAGCAGCAUUCUAGACCGUGAGGCCCGCUCCGCCUUUACCUUGCUUCUUGAGGCCUAUGAUGGCGGAUCCCCCCCAAGGAGCUCCCAAAUGACAUUGGAAGUGUCUGUCCAAGACAUUAAUGACAACGCGCCAGCCUUCAACCAGAGCCGCUAUCAUACGCUGAUCCCAGAGAACCUGCUCCCCGGCAGCAGCAUCCUCCAGGUCUUUGCCUGGGACGCCGACGAGGGAGACAAUGGGGCGGUGGUGUAUGAGAUCAACCGCCGGCAGAGCGACCCGGAGCAGUUUUUCACCAUAGACGCAUCCACGGGAGUAAUCAAGCUCAACAAGGGACUGGACUAUGAGCUCCGGAAGGUGCAUGAGCUCGUGGUGCAGGCCCGGGACAAGGCCAUCCACCCAGAAGUUUCCACCGCCUUUGUUACAAUUCAGGUCCGGGAUUACAAUGACAACCAGCCCACCAUGACAAUUAUCUUCCUCAGCGAGGAUGGCUCCCCACGCAUCUCUGAAGGGGCGCAGCCUGGCCAGUUUGUGGCCCGCAUUUCUGUCUCUGACCCUGACUACGGAGAAUAUGCCAACGUCAACGUCUCCUUAGAGGGGGGCGAGGGGAAAUUUGCUCUCACGACCAAAGACAACAUCAUCUACUUGAUCUGUGUGGAUCAAAUGCUGGACCGCGAGGAACGGGAUUCUUACGAGCUGCGAGUCACAGCCACAGAUGCUGGAACUCCCCCCCUGCGGGCCGAAUCAGCUUUUGUGCUGCAGGUGAUGGAUAUCAAUGACAAUCCUCCUCUCUUUGAUGCCCAGGAGUAUGAACAGAGUGUCCCUGAGGUGGUUUACCCAGGCAGCUUUGUCCUGCAAGUGACCGCCCGUGACAAAGACCAAGGGCCCAACGGGGAGAUCCGCUACAGCAUCCUGCACAACCACCACUCCCACUCUCACUGGUUUGCCAUUGACCCGGCCACUGGCAUCGUCACCACUGCUUCUGCCUUGGAUUAUGAGACCGACCCGCAGCCUCGGCUGACUGUGCUGGCCACUGACCGCGGCAAGCCCCCCCUCUCUUCUACCACAGUGGUCCUUGUCACCCUGCAGGACGUCAACGAUAACGAGCCUGUCUUUGAAAGUAACUUCUACAAUAUUUCCGUGAAGGAGAACGUUUCCCCCGGCACCUGCUUCCUCCAGAUCAUGGCCACCGAUGCAGAUAGCGGUUCCCUGGGAAGCGUCUCUUAUGCCCUGGGCACAGGGCUCGGCAGCCUGGUUCCCUCUGCGUUCCUUCUUGGGGAAGAGACCGGCCAGCUCUGCACUGCACAAGGCCUGGACCGGGACGAGGGGCCUUCUACCUAUGACUUCACAGUCACGGCCAUUGAUGGGGGUGGGCUCAGCUCCACGGCCUACGUGAAAGUCUUUCUGGAAGAUGUCAAUGACAACGCACCGGCAUUCUACCCCCUUGAGUAUGCUGCCAGCAUCAGCACCCAAAGCCAGCCGGGUUCUGCUGUUCUGCGAGUCACUGCCCAGGAUAAGGAUGAGGGCCUGCACGGGCGAGUGACCUACCGCAUUGCCAAUGGCAACAUGUUGACCGUUUUUGCCAUCAACCCCGAUACUGGUGUCAUCUCGUUGCGGAGGCCACUCACUGGCAAGGCCAACCUGUUGGUGCAGCUGGAGGUAGAGGCUGAAGAUGGAGGAGGGCUGGCAGCUCAGCCAACUGCUCAGAUCAACAUCAGCAUUGUGGCGGGCACUGUCUCCCCUCCGAACUUUGAGCGGGCCCAGUAUUACUUCACAGUCCCAGAGGAUACCCGGCCGGGCAGUAGCGUGGGAUCCAUCCAUGCACACAAUGCUCCAGGCCAAACGGACAGUGUGUUUUACUCCAUUUCUGCGGGGGACCCACAAGGCCAUUUCUCCAUUGAUCCCAGCUCGGGACAGCUGCACACCAACCUGGCCCUGGAUCAUGAAGCGCAGUCCAUUCUGACCCUGGAGGUCCAGGCCCGCAGCGGCUCCCCGCCCGCGUACAGCAGUGCCCGGGUGCAGAUCACUGUCUCUGACGUCAAUGACAAUCCCCCCCGCUUCCCCUUGUCCUCUGAUUCUGUGUCGCUGCCAGAGGGAGCAGCCCUGGGCACCAUUGUCUAUACCGUGCAGGCUGAGGACCCUGACAGCGGAGCCAACGGACAAGUCCACUUUGAGCUGGCCUCCCGUGGAAUGGCUGCCUUCGGUGUAGAACGUCUGUCAGGGAAGGUGCGGCUGAUGGGGGCCCUUCAUCAGGAAAGCCUCAGCCCUUACAAGCUGCUCAUUCUGGCACAGGAUGGAGGGACCCCGCGGCUCAGUGCCACAUUCACCCUCCUAGUCCACAUGCAGGCUGAAGACCAGCUGGGGCCCCUCUUUGAUACUCUCACCUACAGAGUGGAGGUGCGGGAGGGGGUGCCAGUGGGCACUCAUUUUUUGCAAGUGAGGGCUCUGGCCCGGGAACACAACGCCCUCCUUGCCUACCAUCUGCGUGCAGAUGGUGAUGCGACCAGCUUUGGGAUUGCACCUGACACAGGGUGGCUACAUGUGCGCCGGACUCUUGACCGGGAGGUGCAGGAGCUGUAUGUGCUGACUGUCUUGGCUGUAGCUGGAGAGGGUGAAGGGCGCCAGACAGGGACCAGCACAGUCCGGGUCACUGUCACGGAUGAGAAUGACAACAGUCCUCGUCUGAGCGAGGAGCGCUACUUCUUCACGGUGGUGGAGAACCGGCCUGCUGGCAGCAGUGUGGGCCGUGUGAUAGCCACUGACUGGGAUGCUGGGUCCAACAGCCGCCUGACCUUCCGCCUGGUGCCACACGAGGGCCAUUUCCUCAUCCACACCCAGACUGGUGAGUUGAGCAUUCGAAAGAGCCUCGACCGGGAGCAGCAAAGCAGCUAUCAGUUGCAAGUCCUGGUACAAGAUGGGGGGACACCGCCCCGCAGCACCACAGGCACAAUCUACGUCACUGUGCUGGACGAGAAUGACAAUGCGCCGACCUUCCUACACGUGGCCGAGGGACGUGAAUUUCUCCUGCAGGUUCUGGAAGAUAAGCCAGCUGGCCUGUUGGUGGCCGCAUUGCAGGCCAAGGACCCAGAUAAGGGUGAGAAUGGAACCGUCUUCUACACGCUGUCAGGUGCCUGGGCAGAACACUUCUCACUGCACAUGGCUACGGGGGAGCUGCGCACGGCCACCCCCUUGCAGCAAGCUGACCAGGGAGAAUAUCUGUUCACUGUCACUGCAAGUGACCGAGGCGUCAUUCCCAGGAGCACGGCUGCCACACUGCGCAUUCAGGUGGUAUCUUCCAGCCAUGCCCUCGCCCGCCCCGAAACAACUGUGCUGACCUUCUAUGCCAUGGAGGGCCUGCCACCUGGCUCCAGCAUUGGCUCGGUGGCUCCCCUAGAACCACCCCUCCGUGGGCAAGUAAUUUACAUGCUGGUGGGGGGCAGCAAUGGAGACGGCGUCUUUAUCGUGGACGCCAGCACGGGCGAGAUCUACCUGGCGCAAGAGCUGGACUAUGAAGCAGAGAGGCGGCAUACCUUGCACGUGAGCGUGGAAGACUCAUGGCAUGGUUACCCCAGCCAGCACCUGCUCCUGGUCGAGAUCCACGUACAGGAUAGCAAUGACCAUGGCCCCACUUGGCCUCAGGACCCCGUCACAGUGGUGGUGUCAGAGACCGCUACACCGGGCCUUGCCCUCUACACCUUCCAGGCUCUGGAUGGCGAUGGUCCCGGUCCCAACAGCCAGCUGCACUAUAGCCUCCUGCGGCAGGACACCCUGCACCCCGUCUUCCAGCUGGAUGCCCUCACGGGGGAGCUGAGCCUGCAGGCCCCUCUAGACCGAGAGAGCCAGUCUGCCUUCCUGCUGGCUGUCAUGGCCACAGACCAAGCCCACAAUGUCAGCCAGCGCCACUCGGCAGCUGUGACCGCUCACAUCUUCAUCAUGGAUGAGAACGACAAUGCACCUGAGUUCCUUUCUCCACCAAGAGUUGAUGUUCCUGAGGAUCAGCCCACAGGCUUUCUGGUGCUGCAGGUGGUGGCCAGAGACCAGGAUAUGGGAGAGAACGGGCGAGUCAGUUACUUGUUGCGAGCAGGGAACCCUGACGGGCGAUUCUACCUCAAUCCCAGCACAGGGGCGUUGUCCAUUGUGCGGGCUCUGGACCGGGAAGAAGUAUCUCAGCACAACUUGACAGUGGUGGCCACAGACCACGGAUCCCCACGGCACAGCGCCACACAGCUCCUGUUAGUGCAAGUGCUGGAUGUGAACGAUGAAACACCAACCUUUGAGAAGAGCGUCUAUGAAGGCCAGGUGGCCGAAAACCUUCCUGCCGGCAUUCCAGUGCUGCAACUCCAUGCCACUGACCAGGACCUUGGGACCAAUGGCCAGGUGACUUAUGGCGGCAUUGCUGGGGACGACUUCACGAUUGACCCCCACACAGGCCUGAUCAGCACUCUAGGCCCCUUGGAUCACGAAGAGCGAGCUGAACACCUGCUCACAGUAUAUGCGCAGGAUGGGGGCCUGCCCCCCCGCCAGGCCAAGGCCACCGUGCGUGUCCUCGUGGGGGAUGAGAAUGACCAUGCCCCCAUCUUCCAGAAUGAUGCUUACUCUCUGGCCGUGCCAGAGAACCAGAGUCACCAGAAGCUGCUCACCCUGCGUGCCACAGACCACGAUGCGGGGGACAAUGGGCGCGUCUCUUACUCACUGGCAGCUGGGGACCCUGAAGAGGAUUUUGCUCUGGACCCCUUAACUGGCCAGCUGUCCACUGUGCAAGGGCUGGACCGGGAACGCAAAGCCACCUAUAUGCUAACCACCCAAGCCUGCGACAACGGCUCUCCUGCCCGCUGUGCCAGUAUGGCAGUUCAAGUACAGGUGCUGGAUCUGAACGACAACGCUCCCCACUUCGUGCAAGAGGCCUACACCGCAGAGGUGCCUGAGGACCUGCCCGUGGGAUCCCCCGUGCUACAACUUAAGGCACAAGAUCCGGACGAAGGCAACAACGGACGAAUUUCGUAUUUCCUGGCAAACGAGUCGCUGGGAGCCUUCCAGGUGGAGCCGCAAACAGGCCGCCUGUACAGCACCCAGCCACUCGACCGGGAACGCCGGGCCACCUAUUCCUUCCAAGGCUUGGCCAUUGAUUCUUCCCCUUCAGCCCCCAGGAGCGCCUCCACAGCCAUCAUGGUCACUGUCCAAGACGUGAACGACCAUGUCCCAUCCUUCCCCCUCAGCCCACUCACCGUCACCCUGCCCCACCAUACUCCACCCAAGCGAGUGGUGGCCACUCUGCGGGCAGAGGACCACGACGCUGGGGCCAACGCUUCCAUCCUGUAUCGUUUUGCUGUGCCCGCCCCAGCCUUCGCCAUAAACACGUACACUGGGGCCAUCCAGCUGCUGCAGCCCCUGGGGAGUCUCAACCAGCGCCAGCGGACCCUGUUUGUGCUGGCUAGCGACCUGGGGCAGCCCCCCCUCUCCUCCAUUGGCGUGGUGGUCAUUCAUAUGCAAGACGAGAGCCACUGGGGAGUGCACUUUCCUCGCAGCACCAGCGAUGUGGUCCUUCCUGAGAACGCUGCCCCAGGCACACUGGUGCUGAGCACCCCAGCCAGGCACACCACAGGAUCAUCCGGCCAGAUCACCUACAGCAUCGUGAGUGGCAAUGAGAACGGCGCCUUCCGGAUCCAGCCCGACUCGGGAGCGAUUUCUGUCUCCAACGCUGAAGGGCUGGACUUUGAGCUACAGCCCCGCCUGCGCCUGGUGAUGCAAGCGGAGUCCCCUGCCUCCUUUGGCUUCAUGGCCGUCACCAUCAACCUGCAGGACAUGAAUGACAACCAUCCCCGCUUCCAGCUGCAGAACUAUGUGGCCUUCGUUGGGGAGGCCCAGGGCUACGACUUGCCGGUCAUCCAGGUUGUGGCCAAUGAUUUGGAUCAGGGCCCCAAUGGCCAGGUGGUCUACAGGAUCAACCAGACGCAGCCAAUGGACGGACUCUACCGAAUCAAUGCCCAGACGGGAGCCAUCACCACAGCAGCCAUCCUGGACAGGGAGAUCUGGGCCCAGACCCGGCUGGUGCUGACUGCAACAGACAGAGGACACCCUCCCCUUGUGGGCUCAGCCACACUCACGGUGGUGGUGAUGGAUCUCAAUGACAAUAGUCCCACCAUCCCUGCACCCUGGGAGGUGCGGGUAGCAGAGAAUACCUUGCUAGGCACCGAGAUCACCAUGGUGACUGGGAACGAUGUGGACUGUGGACCACAGCUCAUCUACGCACUCUACCUGGACAGCGGCAACACCGGGACCUUCAGCAUCCUACCCUAUGGGGGCCAUAUUGUGCUAACAGAGCCCCUGGACUAUGAGCAGCGUAAUCACUACACCCUCACGGUGCGCGCUUCUGACUCCCAGCAUGAGACGGAGGCCAACCUCACGGUGCUGGUGGAGGAUGUGAAUGACAAUGCACCCACCUUUGCCCAGGCGCUCUACCAGGUGCUCAUCCCAGAACAAACCCCUGCUGGCACUCCCCUCCUGACUCUCAGCGCCACGGACCUGGACUCCGGCACCAACGGGGAAGUCACCUAUCAACUGCUCACGGCAAGUGAUCUUGUGGCCAUCCAUGCAAGCAAUGGAACCUUGUUCACCACCCAGCGUCUGAUGCUGGAGCUGGAACAUCCCACGCUGGAUUUAGUGGUGGAAGCUUGUGAUCACGGUCUCCCCCGUCUCUCAGCCUGGGCCUCUGUGCAGAUCCAGGUCCUGGAUGUGAAUGACCACAGGCCUCAAUUCUUGAAACCUCAGUACAAUGCCUCUGUGACAGAGGACCUGCGCCCAGGAACGAUCCUGCUGACCCUAGAAGCCACAGAUGCUGAUGUGACUCGGGACAACGCCGCCCUGGAUUACACGAUUGUGAGCGGGAACAGUGGUCAUGCUUUCCAGCUGGAGGGCCACGUGGGCGAGCCCAGUGCCUUGAUCCUGAUUGAACCCCUUGAUUUUGAGGGUAUGGCCCUCUACAACCUCACUGUGGCAGUGGCUGACCGAGGAGUGCCACAGCACAGUGCCAUAGUGCCCGUGGUUCUCACUGUGCUGGAUGUCAAUGACAACCCACCUGUCUUUGGGCGCUCUGCUUAUCACAUGACUGUGAGUGAGAGCACCAUGCCUGGCACAGAGCUGCUGCGGGUGGCAGCCCACGACCCCGACUUGGGCCUGCAUGGGCAAGUGCAGUACAGCAUCAGCUCCGGUGACCCCAGUGGGCUCUUCCAGCUGCAUCCAUCCUCAGGAGCACUUCGCCUGGUCAAGGCUCUGGACUGUGAGAAAUGGGCCCAGCACAGCCUGGUGAUUCAGGCCUCAGACGGAGCCAGUGGGCAUUUUGCCCUGGCAUCCGUGGCCGUGGAGGUGAAGGACGUGAACGACAACCUGCCCUACUUUCCGAUAGACAUGCUGAGCACCAGCCUGAGGGAAAACCUACCUCCAGGAAGCCUGGUUACCACCAUCCGUGCAGUGGACCCUGAUGUUGGGAUCUUUGGGGAGCUGCAUUACACACUUCUGCAGGCAGAGGACUGGGGUGUCUUUGACAUCAACAGCAGUUCUGGGGAGCUACAUUCACGCCUGCCCUUUGACUAUGAGCGGAGCAAGGCUUUCCAGCUGCUUGUGCAGGCCACGGACCCUGGCAAUGGCUCUGCAACAGUCACAGUGCGUGUCUUGGUCACUGGGGAAGAUGAGUAUGACCCUGUCUUCCUCAGCUCAAGCUUCCACUUUGAUGUUCCAGAGGGGGCACAUCGGGGCCAAAGUAUAGGGCAUGUGACUGCCACAGACGAGGAUGAGGGCCCGGAUGGGGUUGUCCUCUAUGCUCUGACCAAGCCAUCCCCAUUCUUUGGGAUCAAUGAAACGAGCGGGAUCCUGUAUCUACAGAUGGACAGCCAGGUGCCUUCGGGGGGCCCCACCAGGUCAGAACCACGGCAGAUGGUCCUGGAGGUACAAGCCCACAGCCCCCUACAUGCCUCUCGUUCAGCCUCCACUCAGGUCACCAUUGAUGUGACACACACGGCCUUUGGCCUGGUGCCUGACCUCAACUUGCUGCUGGUGAUAGCGGUGGCUGCCUCGCUCAGUGUGGUGGUGGUGCUGGCCGCCGUGGCCAUUGUGCUCGCUCUUCUCCGGUCACAGCAGGGCCGUGGCCAUAAGGAAGCCGAUUUGGCACACAUGCAGAGUGGCUCCAUGCAGAAAUUGGGCCAUGCAGACCCAGCCCUACCUGGGGGGGACUGUCUGUACCAUGAGGCACUGCCUGGCUAUGGUACAGAUUCUGGGGGAGCCUAUACCACAAGAGGGGGAUCACUGGACCCAUCCCACUCAAGUGGGCGAGGCUCAGCUGAAGCUGCCGAGGAUGACGAGAUCCGUAUGAUCAACGAAUGCCCCCGCAUGUCCAGCGUCACCUCUUCCCUGCAGGAGCAUCUUGUAACACGUGGGCCUGAUUCUGGCAUCCAAACAGAUGCUGAUCGCCUUUCUGACAUCUCCUGUGAGCCGACCACGCUUGAUGCCACACACUGGUUCAAGAACAGGAAGGGGCCAAGUCUGCUGCUUCCUGGGCAGCCCCCGCAACUCUACCGGGAUGACAGUGGCAGCAGUGGGGCCUACCUGGGCACUGGUUGCGGCCUCAGUGUCCCCUCCACCAAGGACUACUCUUUUCCAGAGGACGGGAAACCUUGCGUGGACGGCUCCCUGACUGCCAUUGUGGCGAGCGACGAGGAGCUGCGUGGCAGCUACAACUGGGACUAUCUCCUGAACUGGUGUCCUCAGUUCCAGCCACUAGCCAGCGUGUUCACAGAGAUCGCCCGCCUCAAGGACGAGAGCUCCCUGCGCAAGCCCUUUCCUGCCAAGCCCAAGCCCCGCAUUGACCCCCCUCCCCUCAUCACUUCUGUGGCUCACCCCGGGGCCAAGUCAGUGCCCCCCAAGCCAGCAGUAGGCCGGGCUUUCCCCCACCUGUCCUCCCUCCGACGGUCUCCCAUCAGCCACGAGGGCUCCCUCUCCUCGGCAGCCAUGUCUCCCAGCUUCUCCCCCUCCCUCUCCCCUCUAGCUGCCCGAUCUCCCAUGGUGUCCCCUUUUGGGGUCUCCCAGGGGCCCACUGCCUCCUCCACCAUAAGCAUUGAGCACUCCUUGGAGGCCCCCGAAGAGGCAGAGCUCCGCAUUUAG